AUGAAUAUGGAAAAAACAAAAAUUACGACAAAUACGCCGAGCAUUAGAGAAAAAACGUUAAACGACAUAAAUUUAGAAACAGUAAGCGAAUACAUCUACCUGGGACUGAUAAUGAAAGUUAGCAAAGAAAAUCAAACUGCCGAAAUUAUCAGAAGAAUAAGAUUAGCGUGGGCAGGAUUUGAAAAACUGCGUUGGAUCUUGAAAAGCACUAAAAGAGAACAAUAUUUGAAAACCAGAAUUUACGAUGAGUGUAUCUCAAAGACAUGGACACUUUCUGCUUCUUCUUCAGCCUUAAGUAAUCCAACUUUGCACAUAAGCCUCCCCCAAAUCAAUCCAAUGUCUUCUAUUUUGCGCUACUUGUUUCUAGUUGUGUCCUCCGAUCUUCUUAAUAUCACAUGGAUACUCACCAGGUCUAAAAUGGAUAAAAAUAUAA